CUUUGUGAUAAUUUGAACUUGAAAGCACUGCGACAAAAUAUGACAUUCAACAUAAAUUUUUAGUCUUUACAUCUGGCAAAGCUUUCAGCGUCGGCAACAUCUGGCUUCGAGUUUCGAACACUCUUCCUAUUGUUUACAUUCGUUUCGCCGCGUCGUUUGCUAUCGUAUGGAAAAAUUAGCUUAUAGCGUGGUCAACAAGAAUAUUUGUACAUUUUGCGGUAAUUGUGUAACAGAAAAAAAUUGUCAAUUAUGCAAUUUUGAGACAAGUUUGUGGUAUUAUAAUAAAAUAAUAAUUUGAUCAUCGAAGUAUUAAAGAUUUAUUAAUUAAAUGUUAUGAUCAAGCACACUCACACUGCAUAACUACAUACUACAUGAAUGCUGCUGAACGAUAGUUAGUUAAGACGAACUCCUCUCGAAACGUUUUUCCCAGUGCUGCCUAAAACAAAAAAAAAAUAAUACAAAUUUCACACCUAUUUCCCGCCCAUCUUCAACAUCAAACCGAUAAUGGCACCAGCCAGCACCGCACUGCGCUUGCCAAAGCCAUCAGACUUCGAGGGCAGUGUACAUCACACUUCCGCACACGAUGACUACACCUCCGCCCAAGCACAACUGAAUCAAAUCUAUGCCGGCGCAAUCUCAGGCGCCUUAACACGUACGAUCACGCAGCCGUUCGACGUCUUGAAGAUACGCUUCCAGCUGCAGGUGGAACCGUUGUCCAAGCACAAACAGAGCAAGUACAACUCAUUGUGGCAGGCAAGUAAGUUGAUCUAUCACGAGGAGGGUUUGCGUGGCCUCUUCAAGGGGCACAAUGCCGGUCAAUUUAUGAGUGUCGUCUACAGUGUUGGGCAGUUUUGGUCUUACGAACAGAUACGCGCCAUAAUGCGUGACUCACCCUUCAUGUCGACACACCCGAAUACGAUGAACUUUUUGGCUGGCGGUUUUGCUGGCUGUGUGGCGACCAUUUUCUCCAUUCCCUUCGAUGUGAUACGCACACGCAUCGUGGCACAAGAUCCCGGACAGGGCUAUCGUAAUAUGUUGCAUGCGGUGCCGAUGAUUUGGCGCACCGAAGGCAUACGCGGCUACUUUCGCGGUCUGCAACCGACGCUGGUGCAGAUUGUGCCGUUGGUGGGCUUCAACUUUAUGUUCUACAAGAAGUUCAACGAGAUGCUGGUGCACACACCGUUGGCGCGCAACGAGCUGCUGCCCACCUGGGUGCUGCUGUGCACAGGUGGUGCGGCCGGUGUCGCCUCCAAGGCGGUCGUUUAUCCGCUGGACUUCAUCAAGAAACGCUUGCAGGUGCAGGGCUUCGAACAGCAUCGCACGAAAUUCGGACGCACACAGCGCUGCAAGGGUGUUUUCCAUUGCAUAGAGUUGACGAUGAAAGAGGAGGGUGUGCGCGGCUUCUACAAGGGCAUGUAUCCGACGCUGAUCAAAUCCGGUUUGAUGACCGCCUUCUACUUCACCAUCUAUGACCGUUGCAAAAUGAUACUCUACCAUUACUAUAAUCUCGGUGAGGGACGUACACCACCACCAGCCAAGUCGUAGGUGAGCUGCGUGGAGCGAUGGAAAAAGUGGACAGUUUUAACUCGUGUACACACACUGUUCGUAUGGGAUUGGAACGCGGCUCGACUGAGGUGUGCGGAAUUUAGGUUUGGCUUAAUCACCGCCAACGCCGGUGCGCACACCUUUACUUAUAUUUACCUCAUUAUAUACUCUAAGAGCGUAGCAUAUAGAUUGUGAUAGCGUUUAAGAGACAAAAACAAAUCACUGCUUAUAUAGUAAAUAUAUUACUUACUCUCUUCUACUUAACUGCUUUAUUAAAUAUUUAUACUAGACUUGAUGUGGCACUGCACGGUGUUGAUGAUAACGUUUUGAAAACGCUCAAAAGCACUAAAUUUAAUUGUGAAGACAUGCAUUAAGCAUUAUUAAGCUAAAACUAAAAAAUAUUUACUCUCUUUCUCAUACUCUCUUUCUUUCUCUAAUACCAAUUAUAACUUGUACUGCUCGCAUAAUAUAGUUUGAUUUCUAUUGAUCUGACAAAAAGAUACCCACCAAUAUCUUAUUUAGCACAUACUAUUUGUAAGCAGAAAUGUACUAUGCUCGAUGUUGUUGUAAUUUAUGCCUAAAUGCAUCUCCAUUUAAACUUAUACUUAACUUAUAACAAUCGGGUAUCUUAAUGAUCUUCAAAAAACAG